UAUUUAUUGGCUUCCCAUCAUCUCCUACUCUCCUAACUCAUAAUAUUCCUUUGCAGCUUCUUCAAUCAUUAAGCCAUGGGGUUUACACCUGAAACCCUAAUCUGUCUUCUUUCUUCUCUCAUGCUGCUCUUGCCUUCACUAUCUGCUUCUCAUGAUCAAGACACUUUUACACGCUCAAGAGCAACCUACUACGGUAGCCCUGAUUGCUACGGGACUCCAAGUGGAGCUUGCGGGUUUGGCGAAUUCGGAAGGACUGUCAACGAUGGCAACGUGGCUGGAGUAUCCAGGCUGUAUAGGAAUGGAACUGGCUGCGGUGCAUGCUAUCAGGUAAGGUGCACAACACCAGAAUAUUGCAGCGAUGAAGGGGCGAAGAUAGUGGUGAGUGACUACGGCGAAGGAGACAAAACUGACUUCAUCCUCAGCCCACGUGCCUUUGUGAGGUUGGCACGUGCCAAUGUGGCCUCGGAGUUGAUGGCUUCCGGUGUGAUCGACGUAGAAUACCGGAGGAUCUCGUGCCAAUACUCCGGUUACAACCUCAUGUUUAAGGUCCACGAGCACAGCAGAUUCCCUCAUUACCUAGCUAUACUCGUUAUAUAUGUAGCCGGACAAAAUGACAUCACAGCCGUUGAAUUGUGGCAGGAGGAUGGCCAGCAAUGGAGGGGCAUGCGCAGAGCCUUUGGGGCGGUGUGGGACAUGGCUAACCCACCGAGUGGUUCAAUCAAGUUCAGGUUCCAAGUGAGUGGCAGCGUGGGUACAACAUGGGUGCACUCGAGAAAUGGUCUCCCGGGUGAUUGGAAGCCUGGGGUUGCUUAUGACUCAGCCAUUCAGCUGCUCGCUUAAAGCUAGCCUCUCUCUUUUAGUAGUAUAUAUGAUUAAUGGAAGGGUUGUUAAAGAGUAAUUCUAUGUAACAAAUUUAUGUAUAAUUAUCGUAUAAUUAGAUGACGUGUUAGUAAAAAUUAGCCAUUAAAUUAUAAGUGCUGAUUUGUACUAUAAUAUCAUCUAAUCAUAUGUUAACUAUACAUUAAUUUACUAAAUAGCAAUAAGUGCUCUCUAUGUCUUGCAAAUAAUCUAAUUAUAUGUUAAUUAGUAGGGAAUCCUAUUAAUGUAUGCUUUGUCAACAGAAGUGAUCUCUACGUCUUGCUGUACUAUGCAUUACUGAGAGAAUAUGAAUAAAAUAUCCACUUAUUCA